AUGUUCGCUUCUGAAUCCUGGUAUCUAACAGUGGUCCGCACGCAGGGCCUACUCUUCAUCCGCCCCGACAAAUCAUGGCAACCCAUAGUCUCGGUCGCUGUCGUCGACCCUCAACAAUCUCACGAGGUUGUCCUUGGGUGUGACGGCCAGAAUCCCAAUCAAAAGGCACCGUUCACUCUGCGGGGAGUGGACCACACCUCUUUCCUUGACGUCAAGCUCUGGCACAAGUCUCGCUCCAAAAAACGCAAAAAAAGACACUUGGUCGGUUCGGCUUAUAUCACACUGAGAGAAGUGUUGCAGAGGCAGGAGCGACCAGGGUCAGACGUGGAUAUUCGUCUCAGUUGUCCAACCUCACAGAAAAGAAGUCCAACGAUUGGAGGUCGUCAACAACGUUCCGCAACGCUCACAGUCCGACUUGUCGCACCAGAACCCAUUCCAUCAACCUCUCCCACAAACACCGCGUCCGACGACGACAUACUUGAUGAGGAUGAGCUAGACCGCCGAUCCACUGGCUCAUCCUCCCAUUCACCGUCCGAGACUCUCGUUCCCGCAUCGCAAUCCCGGGACGAAACCUCGCCAGAUCUCAGUGGGUUGGUCGAAAGUGGGCUGAGGAGGCGAAAAAAACCACGAAUAAAAGGCUAUCAUAUUGACUCUGAGUCGGACUGCGAUGGUUCGUCGUCUGCCGCGUCUUCCUGCCCACCUACUCCGCGGGACGACGACUUGACACAAAUCGAAGAGACAAAAGACGACGACUACGAGUCCUACUUUCCUCACCACGAGCGUUCAUACAACUCCGGUUCGCCGACGACGCUAGCGCCGCCAUGGGGGUUGCUCUCCGCAUUCUCACUGCCACGACAUGUGCAAGACCAUGACACCAACCAGUCUAUACCACUCUCGUUUCUGGAGGCAUGCGUGGACUGUUUCGCACCAUACCGCGAACUGAGAGACGCUGUAGAAGACGCCGAGUUUGACAAAGUCCUAUCGCGGCUGCUUAUGGAGUGGUACGUUGUCGCAGCAUCGCUCCUCGCAUUGACCGGGAUCGACGCAGCCGUCUUUGGUCUCGCGCCCGGCUCGAUCCUGCCCAUUGGUGGCUUCGCCCAGCACGCAGUCGCCUUCGGCGCCAUCGCCGCCGGGCUCGGGCUCGUCUCGGUUUCCUGGUUUCUCGUGCUCUAUGCCGGCGCGAACACCGCGCGCUUCAGGCGCGUCGCGACGGACGUGUACGGGUCCUACUUCUUCUUCAGCCUCACCUGUCGCGCGCCGACGCUGUGCAUGUUCCUCUCUGCGCUCGCGCUCAUGCUCUUCUUGCUCUCCGUCGCGUGGGCCGCGUGGUCUACCGCGGUGCUCGUCAUGUCCUGCUUCGCGGGCGUGCUCUUCAGCAUGCAGUACCUCAUCUUCGGGUGCCACCGCGCCGUGAACUUCUGUGUGUGGAUCGUGCGGACGGCGUGGCGUGCGGCCGUUAGGAGGGAGGUGGCGGCGGCGGACGCGCGGCCUGCGCCGGAGGUACGCGCGCAUGAGGGAGGACGCGCGCAUGCUCAUAUGGUGCCGGAUGUGCGAGAGAGGAUGCCAGCCAGUGUGCCUACAAAGGGGGCUAUCGUGCAUGAAGAGAUUGUCGAAGUUGAGUGCGAGGGGUAA